AAGAUGCUCGGUGGAAGGGAGCCGAGUGGUGGGCAGCGGCUGUGCGUCCCGAUAACUAGCGCCUCGCAUUUCCAUGGUAUUCCCAUUUGCUAGCGCGCUGCUGUGGCCGCUCGCCUGAUUGAUAUAUGACUGCAAUGGCACUUUUCCAUUUGACAUUCUCUCGCUCUCUCUCUCCCUCUCUCUCUCCCUCUCUCUCUCCCUCUCUCUCUCUCCCUGUGUCGCUUAAACAACAGUCCUAACUUUUGUGUGUUGCAAAUAUAAAAGGCAAGCCAUGUGACAGAGGGACAGAAGAACAAAAGCAUUUGGAAGUAACAGGACCUCUUUCUAGCUCUCAGAAAAGUCUGAGAAGAAAGGAGCCCUGCGUUUCCCCCAAGCUGUGUUGCAGAUACUGUGAUGGAUUGCAAUUGCAAAAAGUAAGACGCCAUUCCAGCAUACAAAGGACAAUGACAACCAGGAAGCUUCAGCCAGAUCCUGCCCUUUCCUUGAAAGGAACUGGAUCCUAGGAGUUGACGACCCUAGCAAACUUGUAGUCCUCUGCCUCCCUCUGCUGUUAUUCUUGAGAAGUUUUUCCUCACAACAAUGAGAAAUCAUGUACUAGCUGCAUCUUUUUCUAUGCUCUCCCUGCUGGCGAUAAUGGGAGAUACGGACAGCAAAACGGACAGUUCAUUCAUGAUGGACUCAGACCCCCGACGCUGCAUGAGGCACCACUAUGUUGAUUCUAUCAGUCACCCAUUGUACAAGUGUAGCUCAAAGAUGGUGCUCCUGGCCAGGUGUGAGGGGCACUGCAGCCAGGCGUCGCGCUCUGAGCCCUUGGUGUCCUUCAGCACGGUCCUCAAGCAACCCUUCCGCUCCUCUUGUCACUGCUGCCGGCCCCAGACCUCCAAGCUGAAGGCGUUGCGGCUCCGCUGCUCAGGGGGCAUGCGACUUACCGCCACCUACCGGUACAUCCUCUCCUGUCACUGCGAGGAGUGCAGCUCCUGAGGCCUGCUGCCGAGUGGCUUCUGGAUGCGAGAACCUCCCCUGGCCAAGGCAAUUCAACUAGCCAGGGAGGGACUGGCAAGAGAAGAGUGAAGGCAUGAAAGAUGCAGCAAAUCCCACGGGAUUCUGCCUAUUCUAGCAAUAAAGACUACGUGCUUGUUAACACAGAGAUAAAACUCUGGGAACUUGUUUUUGGUUCCCAUUUCCUUUCCCUGGUACAAUUUCUUUUGGUUCCUUUUCAGAUUUUGGCUCUGAAUGCUGUUUGGGUUUUCAGCAACUCAACAUUAAUGAGAAAAAGUGGGCACUCUUGCAAGAGUGGGUCUGGCUGUCACUGUUUGGUGCUUAUUAGGGAAGAAUUCACUUUGGAAAGCAAGAAAGCCCAAAUCUUUCCAGAACAUCUCCUGCUGCUUAUUUUAUCGUGUCGUUUUGGUCUAAGGUUGCCGUUGCUGCUAAAAGGUUACCAAUUUCAAAUUCCAGACACUAAGCAUGUGGAUAUGUUUAGCCAGGUUUACUCACAACUAGCUAACUGACAUUAAAAAUAACUAACAAACAGAUUCUCUCAUGUGAUGCUGGAACUCUGGACAGCUAUAAUUAUUAUUUGGAAUUGACUUUUGGGAAGUAAAGGUGGCAAAAAGAAUUUGUCACCUGAAGGAUCUCUCAGAUAAAUUGUAAAAUUUUCGUAAGAGAGCAGACUUUUAAAGACCUGCACAAACGUGGAUCCUGCGCUGACUUUGAAAAAGGCAUAUAUGUUCUAGUGGCAUGGAGAAUACACUAUACUCAUGCAUGCAAAUUAGACAACCAAGUAUGAAUCUAUUUGUGGGUGUGCUAUAGCUUUAGCCAUGUCGCGGGCAUCAUUCUCUAACAUCCACUUGUCCAUGUGAAGCUUGGUGCCAAAAUGGCAGGCUGGCUCAUCUUCCGAACAUUUGGCUCAAAUAUAUUUCCAUCCUUGAGGCUCAAAUUUUGAGUUAUUCCCUUGUUUUGAAAUAAAAAGAGAGUAUCUUCAAA